AUGGUUGCUUGUGUUUUUGGUGGGGUCAAGCAAUCCACCAAAAACAUUAAGCUUUGGAAGAAGCGUUGCUUACUGGACACGUGUCUCUCUCGACUCGAUCUCUCCUCCGCCAGUCACCAAGUGGUCCUCCUUCUAGCGGCGACAAACGAAAUUACCCCAACACUGGCUUCUACGUGGUCCUCCCAUCUUUUGAUUCUGCUUCUGCUUCCGAGUGUAAUUCUUUUGAUUCAGAUUGAUAAGAGUUUUCAGAUUCUCAUACAGUUGGCGAUCAGGUACUCGUUUGAUUGGAACAACAAACGUGAUGGGAGGGUUAAGUUACAGCCUAUGGGGAUGCCUCAGUCUGAAUUUGAACACACUGAGAAAGGUCAUCCAAAAAUUAUUUACAGGGACAUCAAGUCAGCAAACAUUCUGCUUGAUGAUGAAUAUGAAGUUCAGGCGACUCGAAAAACGUCCAUGCAUGGUUCAGGAAAGGCGUUCAUUGUUAGGGUUUCUUCUGAGCUCCGGUCAAAAAUGGGGAGUGCUAAGAAGAAGAGGAGGAGGUUCGAACGAAAGGCAAGGGGUGUGAAGAUUUGCCGUGCAAAUAAGGCAACGCCGGCGACUAAGAACGCCAAAAACAUAGUGCUGUGGGAUCUCGAAAACCACAGGAUUCCGAUCAGAUACUCAAGAACAGUGGGUAAUCAGUUCAAAGCCUUCCUCAAGGCGCAUGGAUACGAGGGCGAAGUGUUGAUAGAAGCUUAUUCAGCCAUGAAAGGGCUUCCUCCUAAAAGGGUUCCAGAGGAGGUGAUUGCUGAGUUCAAUAAAAGUGACAGUGGUAUUACGCAUGUCAGAGUGGAUUCUGAUGCGGAGCAAGCAGCAGAUGAGGCCAUCAAGGCGAGGAUUGAUGUGCUGAUUGAUCUCUUGGAGGAUGACACUAACGAAGAGGAUGUCACUAACGAAGAAGAUGACUCUAACAAAGGCAAACAAGGUACCAAUUUUUUUAUUGUUUCAUCCGAUGGGGGAUUUGACACAUACUUCGAGACUCUCACACUCAAAGGGCACCAUACCUUUCUUAUCUAUGAUAAGAACAGCACUAAUGAAGACUACUUGCAAUCGGUAUCAGCAUCUUGCAAAUGCACAUUCAAGGAAUUUGCAGCCCUGCCCAAAGUCAAACCCAUCAGGAACGUAAAGUGA